UCUCUGCAGCCAUGGGGAGAGGCCGGAUCACGGGGCUGGCCGUCCGCGACGUCCGCUUCCCCACCUCUCUGGCCCGCCAUGGCUCGGACGCGAUGCAUCCUGACCCAGAUUAUUCAGCAGCCUAUGUUGUGAUAGAAACCGAUGCUCCUGAUGGACUGAAAGGUUAUGGUUUGACAUUUACGCUGGGUAAAGGCACUGAAGUGGUUGUCUGUGCAGUCAAUGCACUUUCCACUCAUGUGGUUAAUAAAGACUUGGAUGAAAUCAUCAGCAAUUUUCGAGGGUUCUACAGGCAACUCACCAGUGAUGGGCAGCUCCGAUGGAUUGGUCCAGAGAAAGGGGCUGUGCAUUUGGCCACAGCUGCCAUUCUGAAUGCUGUCUGGGACUUGUGGGCUAAACAGGAAGGGAAGCCUCUUUGGAAGUUGCUGGUUGACAUGGAUCCUAAACAAUUGUUAUCUUGCAUAGAUUUCAGAUAUAUUACUGAUGCACUGACAGAAGAGGAAGCUUAUACAAUACUUCAGAAUGGCCUGGUGGGGAAAAAAGAAAGAGAAGAACAAAUGCUAAAACACGGCUACCCAGCUUAUACCACAUCGUGUGCCUGGCUUGGCUAUACGGACCAGCAACUAAAACAGCUGUGUACGGAAGCUCUGAAGGAUGGCUGGACCAGGUUCAAAGUGAAAGUUGGAGCAGAUCUCCAGGAUGACAUUCGGAGGUGCAAACUUGUUAGAGAAAUGAUUGGGCCUGAAAAUAUACUGAUGCUGGAUGCUAACCAACGGUGGGAAGUGGAAGAAGCUAUAGAAUGGGUUGCUAAACUAGCUGAAUUCCGGCCACUAUGGAUCGAAGAACCAACUUCCCCUGACGAUGUUCUUGGGCACGCAACCAUUUCUAAGGCUUUGGCCCCUCUAGGGAUUGGUGUUGCAACUGGAGAACAAUGCCAUAACAGAGUGAUAUUUAAGCAGCUCCUCCAGGCUCAGGCCUUGAGCUUUGUCCAAGUGGAUAGCUGCAGGCUGGGAAGCGUCAAUGAAAACUUGUCUGUGUUGUUGAUGGCCAAGAAGUUUCAAAUUCCUGUUUGUCCUCAUGCUGGAGGAGUUGGGCUUUGCGAGUUGGUGCAACACUUGAUAAUAUUUGACUACAUUUCAGUAUCUGGUAGCCUUAAGAACAGGAUGUGUGAAUACGUAGACCAUCUGCAUGAACAUUUCAAGAAUCCUGUAGUAAUCGUGAAUGCAUCCUACAUACCACCCCAGGCAGCUGGAUAUUCCACUGAAAUGAAAGAAGACUCGGUAAGGAAAUACCAGUUUCCACAAGGAGAAGUCUGGCAGAAGCUCCUUUCUGAUGAUAAAGUACUGCUGAAAUAGAC